AUGGCAUUUUCCUUCCCUGGUAAAUCUGUGCACUGGAAAGCGAUCGUCUCCAGCAUUUUGACCCUGUUCAGGCAAAAGUGUCUGAAGCAAGCCAUCUGUUUCUGGAAAUUUAAGGCUGUUCGCAAGCUCGUUAGGCCCCCAACAGCCAAAGUGGUGAAGCAGAUGGAGAGCAAGUCUGCUUUGCAGGAAGUGUUGGACUCUGCAGGAGAUAAGCUUGUUGUGGUCGACUUCUCAGCCACGUGGUAUGGACCCUGCAAGAUGAUCAAGCCAUUCUUUUGUUCCCUCUCUGAAAAAUAUUCUAGCGUGCUCAUGCUGUUUCUUGAAGUAGAUGUGGACAACUGCCAGGAUAUCUCUGCAGACUGUGAAAUCAAAUGCAUGCCAAACUUCCAGUUUUUUAAGGGUCAGAAGGUGGGUGAAUUUUCCAGAGCAAAUAAGGAAAAACUUGAAACCACCAUUAAUGAACUACUCUAA